CUGAGAUACUUUCAUUGUUGAAAGAAUUGGACCCUCCUGUUAAAGGAUUUCUCUGGUGUAGUUCAAAACAAGCUCGUUAUUCUCCAUACUCAGUCGUAAAGGCUUUUGAAAUGCGAGGGGCACGGUAUUAAAGGACACUGAACAGACCUAAAUAGUAGGUACACGGUAUCCCUUUGUCUUGAGCACAGUUAUCCGAGUUUACGUUAACGAUAGAAAUUAUUCGCAGCGAAUAACAUGUAUGUUGAAAAAGAGACGUGUAUUUCUGAUAUAGUAGCGUAGAUUUGUACGCUGUCUUUUGUUAUUACCAUUGAACUCAAAUGACAAUUGUAACAUCAUCGCGCGAAGCAUAAAAUCUUCCUGGCGAUAAGUGAACAGACAUGGGCAUAACUUUAUAGUCACGUGAAAAGCGCGCAACAUCGUUUGACAUUGGAUAAAGAAUACAAGAAAAAUUCUGCAAAUUUACCUAGAGUGAGUCGUUGUUUUAAAAGCCGAAUCGACCUCGGUCUAAUCAACCUGUCUAAUAAUAAACGGACAAGGUAUCGAGGGAAGCGAAUUGACCUGAAAGCGAAGAAGUACAAAACAUUACGGUCAAGACUCGUCAGAAGGGAUAAUCACCCCUGGAUCCUUUGAGCCUCGACAUUAUAUUUCCGCUGCCCCCUUCCAUGGCGAUCGACCAAUCAGAAAACGGGAUACCGGGUGUUCGAGCCCCUUACAAAUAACGCAAAUGUUCCAGUUCAUUUGCGAUUCCUCAGGUGUACCGUGCACCAGUGUCGGGAACAGAAAUUCGAAUCGAUCGUUUUCCUCUCGGUAGUGACGCGGCGAUAACAAGAGUAAAGUGUCAGCAAUCAUGCCGAAAGAAAAUAAAAGCACGAACAGAAGGAACAGACGUCAGUGCCCCGAAGUCGAUAACGAAGCUUCAGCGUCGAACGAACGUGGAUCGGUGAAAUCCGUGAUCGGAAGCAAGCGCUACACCCCUUUUGCUCGAGAAUCUAUAAAAAGAGACUCAAGAACAGAGAAGCAAAUCGUGACUAUGCCGUCGGCCGAGGUUAUUGAAACGAUAAGCAGUGGAAUCAUAGGAAGCGGAAUUAAGUACAUCAUGUUUCCGCUCCAUCUUUUGCGUUUCUGCAUAUUUGGGACAAGUUCCGGAUCCGUGGAAUCCGAGAAAAGCAGAGAACCAGGACUAUCGACCUCGGACAACAAGAAAGUUGAAUCGCAAGAAGACGAGAAGUUGAAGAAAAGGGAGGAAAGAAGCACGAAGGAACGCGAAGAAAGUAGCACGAAGAGACGUGAGGAAAGAAGCACGAAGGACCAUGAAGAAAGAAACACGAGGUCGCGAGAAGAAAAAGACGCAAAGAAGUCAGAGAAAAAUAUCACCGAAGAACUAGAUGAAAGAAACACGAAGGACGUCGAGAAGUCGGAAGACUAUUCCUCCGAGCAACUUCGAAAGAGUUCCAAACGUAGUUCUCAUCCGGAAACCAAGGUGGUACCAUGCUGCAAAGAGAGUUCGAAGAAGCCAGAGUAUAAAAGCGACGAGGACUCCGACGAGAUGGUCACCGCUGAGGAGGAUUCGGAUUCCUCCUUGGAACACUGGAGCAAUGCGACCAGCACGAUGAUGAACAUGUCCUUGGACUACGAUAACAUCGAUAGAUCCGUGUCGUACUUGGAGGAACCGAUGGACAUAUCGAUGGAAGAACAGACUUACGAGAAAUCGUAUAUCGCGUCAAAGACUGCGAACUUCCAAGCCAGCGCCCUUGGAAAUCAGCCUUCGAGAUUAUACCCCGAAGACCACAGCAGCAGUUCCUCCGUGGACGAGGAAAUCGCGAUGAUCUUCCAGAAGCAGUGCACUUCCUCCGACGAUGAAAUUUCCCGCGAUCGCGGUAAGACUUCCACCAUUCACAAACGCGAAAGGAUUAAACAAAGUAACUUCUUAAUAACCCGGUCGAGAAAGGAGCAGCAAGACAACGAUAGAGAACGGUCGAAGAAAACGUCCAGCGACGUUGUCGUUCACCAUAAAAGGAGGAAAGUGACGCACGACGAAGAUAGAACCGAGAGGCAACACGAUCGCAGAGCCGAGACGAAAACGCGCGAAGAGAAACGUGGCUCGCGACAUGAUACCCCGAGUAAAUAUAAGACGCGAUCCUCGAAGACGCCGGUUAAAAGUCAAGAAUCGAAACGAAAGGAUACUCGUUACAAGGAAACGGCCACGCAAACGGACAGCGCUUUUUCGGACGAGGAUGUCGAAAUGAUUCCAGUAGACGCCAAACUGACUGACAAACAUUUUUGCUGCAAAUAUGCCGUCCGUAGAUCACUGUCCAAUCUUUUACAGGACAAGAUGGAGCAGGAGUUAAACUAUAUAGCAGACAACGAAGAUUCGGUCGACGGAUUUACAAGGAUCUCUCGUAAACGGAUUUCAUCUUGCAGUACGUCCUCCUCUUCGACGGAUCUUGGUUUCGAUGAACGUGUAUCCGCGACUCCGGAUACGGACACUGCGACAGGACGAUGGCCCGCGAUCACGGACAAUGCUUUUAAGACAUGCAGGCCUCCGCCAGGUUUUCCACAAGUGCCUCAGAAUCCACCCUUAAUAUCCUCUACCUACGAUCCCAAGCAGUUCGCAGCGGGGAUAACCGCGAUAAUGGUACCGCGAGCUCCUUCGCCUAUGAGACACCUCUAUUACGACUAUCCUGAAUUCAUGGACCUUCCUGAGAACGUCAAUUCCUCGAACAUUUUAAAAAAUAUUUUGAGAAAUAAUUAUUACCGGUGACGAUAUCGACGAAGACGAAAAAAAUACAUAUAUAUGCGUGACCAUAAACUAGCGAAUAAAUCGCAUAGAAUGUGCAAUAAAUAAAGAGCCGGUGUUGAAAAAUCAAUAAUUCGAUACGCUUCCUUUCCUAACCU